GUUCUCAUGGCAAUUCGAUCACGUUCCUCUUCCUUCACCUAUGAUGUUUUCCUCAGCUUCAGAGGGGAAGACACACGCCAUGGUUUUACAGGCCACCUCUAUAAAGCCCUUCAUGACAGGGGAAUCUACACCUUCAUUGACGAUGAGCAGCUUCAGAGAGGGGAGGAAAUAACACCAUCACUUGUGAAGGCAAUUGAAGAGUCCAGGAUUGCCAUCACUGUGCUCUCUAUAAACUAUGCUUCUUCCUCAUUUUGCUUAAAUGAACUUGAGUACAUCCUUGAGUGCUUUAACAAAAAAUAUAUGUUNGUUUUGCCAGUUUUCUUUAAGAUAGAUCCUUCUGAUGUUAGACACCAGAAAGGUAGUUAUGGAGAAGCAUUAGCUAAGCAUGAGCAAAGGUUCAACCAUAGCAUGNANAAGUUGGAGAACUGGAAGAAGGCUUUGCAUCAAGUAGCUAACUUGUCUGGCUUUCAUUUGAAACAUGGAGAUGGAUAUGAACAUGAGUUUAUUGGAAGGAUAGUUGAGUUGGUAUCCAGCAAGAUUAAUCACGCUCCUUUACCAGUUGCGGAUUACCCAGUUGGACUAGAGUCACAAGCACUGGCCGUAAGGAAGCUUUUGGAUGUUGGAUCUGAUGAUGUCCACAUGAUAGGAAUCUAUGGAAUCGGCGGGAUAGGAAAAUCAACACUUGCUUUAGCAGUUUAUAAUUUGAUUGUUCACCAUUUUGAUUGUUCGUGUUUUCUUCAAAACGUGAGAGAAAAAUCUAGCAAGCAUGGGCUACAACACCUCCAAAGCAUCCUUUUUCGGGAAAUGCUUGGAGAGAAGGAAGCAAACUUUGCAAGUGUAGAACAAGGAGCUUCAGUGAUACACCAUAGGUUUCAAAGAAAGAAGGUUAUCUUGAUUCUGGAUGAUGUUGACAAAUACGAGCAAUUGCAGGCUAUUGUUGGAAGACCUUGUCUUUUUGGUCCUGGCAGCAGAGUCAUCAUCACUACUCGGGACAAACANUUAUUGUCAUCUUAUGGGGUUAUAAGAACGUAUGAGGUGAACUUAUUGGAUAAGAACAAUGCUCUUGACUUGCUUUCAUGGAAAGCUUUUAAAACAAAANAAAUUGAUGCAAGUUAUAAUGAGGUNUUGAAUGAUGUAGUGAUUUANGCUUAUGGGCUUCCAUUGGCUUUGGAAGUGAUAGGUUCCAACUUGUUUGGAAAAAGUAUAGAAGAAUGGAAAUCUGCUAUCAAACAGUAUAAAAGAAUUCCUAAUAAUCAAAUCCUAGAGAUACUUAAAGUGAGCUUUGAUUCUUUGGAGGAAGAAGAGAAGAGUGUUUUUCUUGAUAUUUGUUGGUUAAAUAGAUAUCCCUUGUCAAAGGUUGAAGAUUUACUUCUUGCUCAUUAUGGCGAUUGCAUGAAAUAUCAUAUUGGGGUGUUGGUUGACAAAUCUCUUAUAAAGUUGAGUCGGUAUACUCUCGAAACUAGAAUUGCAAUGCAUAGCUUGAUCCAGGACAUGGGUAAAGAAAUUGUCAGGCAAGAAUCACCAAAAGAUCCAGGGAAGCGCAGUAGAUUAUGGUUACCGGAAGAUAUAAUUCAAGUUUUGGAAGAUGACAAGGGAACNAGUGAAAUUGANAUCAUAUGUCUGGAUNNUCCAAAAUNUGACAAAGAAGCAAUAGUAGAAUUCAAUACAAAAGCAUUCAAGACGAUGAAAAACCUCAAAACACUUAUCCUUAGGAAUGUUAAUUUUUCCGAAGGUCCCGAACACCUUCCAAAUAGUUUGAGAGUGUUGGAAUGGUUGGGAUAUCCUUCACAUUGUUUACCAUCUGAUUUUCAUCCCAAAAAACUUGUUCUAUGCAAGUUAUCCCGUAGCUCCAUUUCAUCCCUUGAGUUUUCAAAGGAUUUCAUGAAUCUUAGAGUAUUGAAUUUUGAUUGGUGCAAAUGUUUAACACAGAUACCUGACAUGUCUCUUCUCCAAAAUUUGGAAGAACUUUCAUUUAAAUAUUGUGUGAAUCUAAUUACAGUUCACGACUCAGUUGGUUUUCUGGAUAAACUUAAAACAUUGAAUGCUUUUAGCUGCGAAAAGNUUAGUUGUUUCCCGCCUAUGAAGUUGACCUCUCUUGAAAAACUUGAGCUUUCACUUUGUUACAGUCUGAAGGGUUUUCCAGAAGUAUUAGUUAAGAUGGAAAACAUAAGGGAACUUAAUUUGGAGGGCUGUCCCAUAACAGAAUUGCCAAUUUCAUUUCAAAAUCUUACCGGGCUUCCGUCAUUAGAAAUGUUUUUUUCAACUAGUUCAAUUGUUAAGGUGCCCAGUAGCAUUAUCAUGAUGCCAAAACUGGCUCGUAUCUUCGCCAGAGGAUUGAAAGGGUUGCAAUGGCUAAAACAGGAAGAGGGUGAAGAACAAAUGGGGCCAGUAGUAGUACCUUCAAAGGUAGAAUGGCUUACUGCCUCAAAUUGCAACCUCUAUGAUGAUUUCUUUUCGAUAGAUUUCGCAAGGUUUUCUCAUGUGAAGAAUUUAUGGCUACCUAAGAAUAAUUUUACCAUCCUUCCUGAAUGUUUGAAACAAUGCCAAUUUUUAUCGUAUCUUGAUGUGAGUUAUUGCAAGCAUCUUCGGGAAAUUAGAGGCAUUCCACCAAACUUAAAGCUUUUCUCUGCAAUAAACUGUGAAUCCUUGGCUUCCUCGAGUAAACGCAUGCUCGUAAAGCAGGAACUGCACGAGGCUGGAAACACCAUGUUUUGUUUGCCAGGAUUUAGUAUUCCAAAGUGGUUCAAUCACCAGAACCGGGGAACUUCAAUUUCUUUCUGGUUUCGUAAUAAGUUCCCUGACAAAGUUCAGUGUGUUCUUGUUGCACCUAUGCUGCAUAAUUCUUUUCAUCCCACGGUUUUCAUCAAUGGCAAAGAAUAUACCUUGUAUGGUCACUUUUGCUGGACAGGGAAUCAUCAUAAAUAUCUUUUUGAUCUGCGAGAGGCAAGUUUCAGAAUAAGACCGUAUGAGGUGCCUUUUGAUAGUGAAUGGAACCAUGCAAAGCUUACAUUUCCACCCGGAACAUAUACCUCUUUUGACCGUGCAAAAAUGGGAAUCCACAUAGUCAAACAGGAAAAUAGCAUGGAGGAUGUUAGAUUCACUGAUCCUUGCAGCAAGAGAAAAUCAGAUGUUGAUAUCAACAGUUCUGACUCAGAAUCUUCCAGUUGUUAAAGAGCAUAGGUUUGUGGACAUGGAACUUUCAUAGACGGUAACAACGUACAAUUUAUGGUCACAUCUAUUAAGUUGGAGUUGUAUAAUAUUGUGAAGUUGUAUUCAAAUUCAAUUGAGUCAAACUAAAGAAG